AUGGGUAACGCCAGCGGCGGAGAGACGACAACAUCACCCUCCGUAAUGUUUACCUCAGCUACAGGACGAUCCCUGUUUGCUACACUCCUCAUCAGCUUCGCCACCUUUAACAUACGUGGCCUCGGUUCUUGUGAUGAUCCAGACGACAUCCACAGCAAACGGGAGCAACUGGGUACCGAUUGUCUACGGUACGGCAUAGAUAUCUGCGCUAUUCAGGAGACUAAGGUUGUAAAACCGGAUUCUUGCAGUCUUAGCAACGGAUACAAACUCUUAUUGUUUGAGCAGAAAAAUGGCCGGCACUAUGGACUCGGUUUUGUUAUCAGUCCCCGAUUUAUUGACUAUGUGGUAUGCUGGAACAGUAUCAGUGAUCGAGUAAGCUUUUUGGACCUAGAACUCCCUACAAAAUCAGGAAAAUUUAUCAAAUGUAGGGUGGUCAAUGUAUAUGGGCCACACAAGAAACUUGCAGAAAAUGAUCAACAACUGUUGAUCAAUUUCUACGGCCAAGUUAGGGACGCUCUAAAUGUCCCUGCUAAUGUUGAGAUAUUUGUUUUGGGGGAUUUUAAUUCAAAGUUGGGAAAAAUGACUACUUCAGAUAAGGACUUUGGUUUUGGUCGUUUCAUGGGUAAACAUGGUAUGGGUUUGCGCAACGAUAUGGGGGAAAACUUGUUAGACUUGUUAUCAGAAUUUGACCUCUUUGCCUCCAACACUGGUUUUUAUCAUCCUGCUCGACAUACGACCACCUACACUGGCUGGAGGAAGGACUGGAGUGCCGGGCGAAAUAGUAAAAAGACGAUCCCGGUCUAUUCUCAGAUCGAUUUCAUUCUGUGUCGGAGUAGGUCGAAGCCAAUGCUACAAGAUUCUAGAUCUUAUGCAGGCACUUUGACAUACUCUGAUCACAGAUUUGUUGUCACUAGAGUAGACUUUAAGGACAUCUGUCUUUGCUAUAAACGCCACUCCAAGACAUCCUUAAAGUUCAACACCUCUGAACUCACCUCGAACCCCACCAUUCAGGUGAAAUAUCGUCAAUCCUUAGAUGAUAACUUAAGUAACACUGUUUCUGCUCUGGAUCCAAAUUCAGACUUGAAUGGCUUACUUGAGUCCAUAAAGGAUGCUGCAAAAUCGUCAAUUGGUGUCAUCAGACACAGGAAACGUAAUCGCAGCGACGAUGAUGAGGUGAAAAACUUAUCUAGCCAGCGUUACUUGUUGAGACAGCAGCUUAAUGAUAACCAGUCUUUAGACAGAACCUCACUUAGAUCAUCUAUUAACUGCCUCACCAAUCAGAUCAAGCAGAGACUUUCUAACAUACGAUCAGCUGCUGCUGAUGCUAUCUGUAAUACCAUCAGUUCAACAACAGAUAGUAAGAAAAUGUUUGAAGCUGUUCGAACCCUGAACUUACCUAAAGCCCCUUCUUGUAUUGGUGUUCAUGAUGAGAAAGGGUGCAAUAUUGCAACAGACACUGGUAAAGCUGCCGUAGUUGCUAAGUACCUUGAGCAACAACUUACUCGUGAUGAAGCACCUUUAGAACCUUUUGUAGGACCUCCUCGCCCACUAGUUAAGCCAUUCACUAGUGAAGAAAUCGGAUCAGCUGCCAGAAGUCUCAAAAAUGGUCGAGCUAACGGCCCAGAUGGAAUUCCUAACGAGCUUCUCAAGUAUUCUACUGGAUCAGUACACAGACGUUUUGCAGACAUUAUCAAUAGAAGCUUCGAGACCAAUUCCUACCUUGACCCCAUUGGACAGGCAAACAUUACCCCCUUACAGAAGCCAAAUAAGCCCAUUGGUCCAGUGAAGAAUCUACGACCCCUCACUCUCUCAAAUGCUGUUAGAAAGAUUCUUUCAAUGGCAACCUUGAAGAGAAUUGAGAAUAAAGUCAAUGCCUUCACUGGUCCAUGGCAAUGUGCUUACAAGCAGGGUAGAUCAUGUGCUGACAUUGUAUGGUGCCAGCGUGUGAUGUUAUCAGUUGUCCAGAGGAAGAGGUGGGAAUACCAUCGUAUGGGGAUCGAUAUGUCUAGUGCCUUUGACACUAUACGACGAUCUACCAUCCUCGAUCUUCUUGUUGAGUGUGGCUGUGAUGAUGACGAAGUCCGUUUGGUAAGACUUUUGCUUUCCAACACCAAGCUCAAAGUCAAUAUCAACGGUACACUGUCUGCUGAAUUCCAGAGUUUUCUCGGUGCAUUCCAAGGUGACUGUCUGUCUGGAUGUUUGUUCACACUUGUCUUAGCGGGUGCCUUGCGUGACCUCCGUAACAGGCUUGAAACUGCAAUGAAUAGGCCUAACCCACCUAUCACCGAUAUCGGUCUUCCACUUGACAGUGAGUAUGCUGAUGAUAUCGACUUCAAUGAUGAAGAUGAGGACAAUUUGAGGGAGCUGUUGCCUAUUGCAACAGAAGUCCUUAAAGAUUGGAAUCUCUUCGUUAACGAAGACAAAACUGAUUUCACUCAUGUGUACUUAGCUGAAAAGGGAGCUAAAGACGAUCAGGGUAAGCCAAUUGCAGGGAACGAGCUCUGGAGAAAGAGUAUCACGCUUGGCUCCAUGCUUUGUAGUAAGGAGGACAUCUCUAGAAGGAUAUGUCUGGGAUAUGCCGCGUUUAACAAAUACAAGAAAGCUUGGAACCAUAAGAUCCCUCUGAGCAAGAGGCUUCUGUUGUAUGAGGCUCUGGUAGUAUCCGUUUUAAUGUACAAUUCAUCUUGCUGGGCUGCCCCUAAAUCACUUCAGUACUGUCAGUACUACAGUUUGAUCACUGAUAGAAUAUCGAAGAGGGAAUGA